GGUCGUGAUGUCGGGAUGGCGCUAAACUGUCACAAGCUCGUCGGCGUCUAUUCUCAUUAUUCCCGCAUUUCGUUGGACUUUCCUUAACAAAAUGUUUUACUUUUGCGUGAUUUUAUUAAUUUUCACGAAACACAAACAGCAUUAUGCAAUUGCGAAAGGACGUUUUGUUUUAGAGUUGAACCUGACGUGAAACUGAAAAGAAAGAAACUCGCCGAAUCACCACCACCACCACCACCGACAGUAAAGAUGGGUGAGAACGUGAAGCAAGUGAGGGUGGACAAUUGGGGAAUAUUUUUUCUCCAAAGACUACAAAUGUUCUUCAGUAAAACAGACUACUGCGAUAUGACCCUGCAGUUUGAGGGCAACGUUCAGUUGAAAGUGCACAGACUUGUGAUGAAUGCAUGCACAGAAUAUUUUGAAUAUUUGGAGAAGUCUUGUCCAUCAUUGGAGGAUGGUGUCAUUUUGAUGCCCAGUAAUUUACAGGCAGAUGUCAUCGUACCCAUUGUGAACUUUAUUUACACUGGAAUGCUUGAAUUUAACAUGCUCACAUUUGAUAAGUUGUACAGGGCUGCAGAUUUGAUGAAUUUAAAUGUUUUGACCAAGCUGUUGGAUGCCCAAAAGGUGUCUGCUAAAAAGAAAAAUUGGCCUAUUCAGGAAAAAAAAGUGAAACCACAGUUAUCCCCAGUUGCAAAAGAAUUACCCAGUCCACUUCCAGGUCGUAAAUUGCCUGUAUGGAAGCGACGAGUCGUCCCGAAUCCGACGCCGUUGCCGUCUCCCUUUUCAGAAAGUAAAUGGAACGUGUCCCAGGAUUCUAUGUCCGCCGCAGACAACAGUCCCAAACCUACACGUUUCGAAUGGCCGGAGGACGACUUACCUUCGCUCAGCCUCAUGGACACGAGUUUCGACGACAUCUCGUACACCAGUAAACCGUUGCUCACACAAGCAGAGGAAAUUAAGGCCAGCACGUCUUUCGACUCCAUCAGAAACUCCGCUUCGCAGUCGAACGUCUCCGCAAGUUACAACAAGUCGCAGCUGUUGUCCCAGUCCAGCAUUGACAUGGACGAAGUCAAGGAUUACGUGAAGGAGCAGAAAAUCAGAAACGAUUUGGAGAUUUUAAAACAAGAGGUGGAGACUGAAAGGGUAGAAAUCAACAACCAGUCAAAAAGGAAACAAGAGGUGCAAAACGAAUCGCUACUGAAACGGCUAAAGAUCGAAAAGGAGAACAAAGAUAACAGUACAGGUUCAGUGAGCGUCACCACCAAAGGCACGGACGUAGACCACACGAAAAUCGUGUCGGAGAUAUUGAAAAAGUAUCCGCAUCUCGUCAAGAAGAACAAGAACAUCCGAUUGAAGAUCGUGUCGGCGGGAAACAAGUCCGGCACCUCAGUCGAAGCUAAAGUCACUUCUAAUCAAAACUUGCAGGAGUCCGAGAGGAAGACGUACGGGGAGAAGGGGAAGAGAACGAACGCCCACGUGGCGAACAGGAAGAAGGAGGGCGACGUUUGGGUGUGCAAUGAAUGCGACCAGUUGGAGUUCCAGAUGUUCUACCUGUACAAGAAGCACAUGAUCGACGUCCACAAUCAGCAGUUCGACAUCAACCUGUGCAAAUAUUGCGGUCGGAAGUGCAACACGCAGAACGUCAUGAUGUACCAUCUGUUCACCAAGCACGGCGUCAAGUCGCCCAAGGCCGGCAGUUAUCCGAAGUGCAACAAGUGUCCGUACAUCGCGUUGUCCAGUGCAAGUUUGGCCCGACACAAGGCCGAGCACGGCAAGCAGGAGGUGCAGUGUCCCGUGUGCGGCAUCGCUUUCGUCAAUAACGCCAGUCUGAUGCGCCACAUCCAAAUCACCAAUCACAAGGGCGAGAAGAAGCUGAAAGAAAGUUUCGACUGUCAGUUUUGCACCAAGAGGUACAUCCAUUCGGAGAUGAAUCUGUUGGCACAUUUGCGGGACCGUCACUUGGCAGAGGCACGUAGGGACGGCUUGGUGAUCAUUGACGACGACGACCACGACGAGGAGGUCAACGAGCAGCCCGAGGAGGAGCAGGAGGCACUCUUGGAGGAUUUUAUGGUACCUUCGCAAAUGAUGCGUCACCAAUCUACCGAGAAGGUGAACAUAAUUUCUAACGUUAAAGUGCCUGCCAACCAGCAGCAGGAGCCCAGUUCCGAGGCGGAAGCUCUCAACAACGUGGCGACGGGUAUAGCAACGAGUCUGGGGCUCGUCGACAUCGUCGUGCUGGACGACAACCAACAGUACAUACUCCAGCAGCAACAGGCCCAAACGACGAACACGGGGCAACCGGAAGAGUUCAUCCUUCCGGAUUUGAGCGGUGGAGGUCACGGAUUCACCGAGCAGGUCAUAACCACGCAGCACAGCGGCGUCUUGCCGCAAGCGAUGCUUCAGAGCGGCGCAGGAUCCAACGACGAACUCGUCAUGGUUUUAACGGACCACGACUAUCAGGACGGUCAGGAGUCGGCCGGGCACGUCGACAAUUCGAACAUUGUCGUACUUUACAGCCAUCCCGUCGACGGACAGCAACAGUACAUUACAUCUCAGGGAAAUUUAAUGGUCAAUUCGGAAACGGGGAUGUUGGAAAUCCGCAACGGUGGAACGAUAGAGUCUGAUCCGAAUCAGCCGAUCGAAUCCAUCGAGAUGAUCCAGAGGGAGAUCGCCAAGACCACGUCCUCCUCGUCCUCCUCCUCCUACUACCAGCCGCAAGAGUGCAAAACGCAGUUGGAUUCCGAAGAAAGUCUGGCGAACGCCGCCUUCGAAGAGACGGUCGCAGCACAAAAUCCCACCGAAGAGCAACAGAAAGAGCAGAUGUUUGCCUCUGAAGUACAACAAACGGAGCACCUAAAACAGAACGAGGAACAGGAAUCUGAAAACGACAAGUACCACGAGGUGCCAGAAAUGGACGCCACCGACGGAUCAAUACCCAAUAACCAGAUCACCUAUGAACAAAUGGAUAUUGAUGAGCCCCAAGCCGACCUGGAACACGUCCAGAACCCGGAAGAGGCACAAGAGGAACCCACUGUAGAAAGUCAAGUUACGGAAGAGAAACAAGAGGACGAAGGACAAGACGUGCUCCCCGAUACGAAUCCGGAGCAGAUAGCCCUGACAGACGAAGAAUGCCCAAAGAAUAUACAGGAAGAACAGGACUUACGACCGGACGAAGCUGUCCAACAGGAAGAUCUCAACUUGUCCGCGCCGGAAGUUUACGAACCCGAGGCGAUGGAAGUUGACGGUGGUGGGAAAGGUACGCCCCUCGAAGAUGUCCAAAGCCAACCUGACUCCGGGAUAGAUGGAAACGUUUCAGAAUCUACGGAUCAACACCCCGACUCUGCCAAUUCCGACGGUCAAACCAUCAAAGACGACGAGGUGGAAGAAGCUGCUAAUCAAGCGGUAGAGCCGGAAAAUAAUUCGUUCGAAAAGGAAGUAACGACCGCACCGGAACAGGAGACGGAAGAAAUCUCACAGCAGUCGGCCACGGAUUGUUCCCAACAGGAGAACACGUCGUGCGGGGCGCAAAGCGAAACGUCCAACAGUCAGUUUAACGACGACAAUUCGCAGUCGUGGCAGGACUCGCAGGACGACAGCGGUACCACCGGAGAAAAGUCUCGGGACGAACAGACGGGCAGUCGGGACGCGUCGGCGAUCCUAGAGGACUGGGAAGACACCGAUUCUCAACAGUCGGACAAACCGCCCACGGAAAUGCCGCAACUGGACGAUGACGCGGAUAAAAACGUGAAGGCUGCCGAAGCGGAGGCUCGAGUUCACAAACUGAUGAACGAUUGGGAGGAGGACGAGGACGAGGACAAUGCUGGACAAAAAAAGGUUCCGCCCUCGUAAACUGAAACGGCUUAGAAUUAAUCUUAUUUUUAAAUUGUGAAUAGAAUUAAGUUUUACAUAUACGAAUACAAGAUAUAUUUAGUUUUAAGGUGCAUCAUGAAUUUAUAUAGACAUUAUGAAGUGUAGAUUUUAGAAGUUUAUUCUUCUAGUAGACAUCAUUGUAUCCUUAGAUACUUUCACUGUAAGAGUGUACUGUAUGUCUGUCGUUUUUGUAAUAUAUUUACCAGAACAUGCUGAAACAUAUACUGAAAAUAAAGAAAAUGUAUACGAA